AGGACGGUACCUAUCAACUGUUGGUCAGAUAAUCGACACACCGCGGUUCGUUAUCGUCGUGCCUUAUCGCGGGGAAGCUGUGCGUAUCGCAUCUUAUCGGGACGCCUUGGCACAGUGAUUGAGUGUUCGGUGCGUGCGAGUGUGUGUAUGUGUUUACGUGCAGAGAUUGAAGAGGUCCUAUUUACACGAUAGUGCUCCAGAUACGGCGACCAUCCAUCAAUCAACAUUCGGGCAAGAUACGGACCUGUAAUUACAGUAAAACGCCGACCACCAGUGAGCUACCAGGACAGUGACGAACCGGACGAACCCAGCGCAUACCGACACCAGGACGAGUGCUACGAUGUGCUGUACGAUCUGAGCGACUUUCGUGAUGUGAUAGAGCCUACCGGCACGUGGAAUCGUACCUCCGCCUAUCCCACCCCCUCCUACCUUGCCGUGCACGAACGUCUGCGACAGCCAUCGUCCGGGGCGCGGUACGGGGACGACUUCGGUGACGGGGACGACAGUACGGACGGGAUGGACGAACGGGACAGCAUCUAUCUGGAUGCGGUGUCCGUGUACUCCGAUGCGACGAACCGCAAAUCGUUACACCUGUCCCGCCAGACGGUGUACCAUUCGGCGGAGGAUGUCCGGUUCGGGUCGGUAGACUCCGGCAGCGGUUCCGGCGGGGAGCGUCGGAUCGGCAGCGGUGGCGAGGAUGGUGCCGGGCUACGGAUGACCACCGAGGCGCUGCUGCAGGAUUCGCGUGCCAACGGUGGGUUGGCCAAUCUGCCGUACGUACCCCGGCCCGGUGCAAACAACGGUGCGAAGGGUUUCAUCAGCGGUAUCCUAAAGCCGACCGUGCUCAGCACCGAGUACAACGAAAAGACAUGGAAGUACUUCCAGGAUCAGCGACGCAUCGUCGACUACGUGCUCGCCUUCAAUGGUGAAGAUGAAAAUGUCGAAGCGAAACAGAAGCGCACCAUCUACCAGCGCAACCUGGAAAGUGAAGGGCUACAGAUUGAGAUGGAAAACUGUCAACGGAUCCAUUUCGUCAAGAUACACGUGCCGGAGAACGUGAUGUCACACUACUGCGAGAUCAUGAAGAUGCAGAUGCCGAUGAAGAAGCUGGACAAUCAGGACAAGAUCAUAAUGCGCGAUUUCAGCAUCCAGAGCACGCUGGUGCGGUUGUUCCGGCGGCCAAUCUUCAACUUUGUCAUUAUCGACCGGCAAAAGUUCGCCCCGCCGGAGUAUCGGCUGAUGUACGAGUAUUCGCGCGACAAGCCAUACCUGUUCAACGACAAGGAGCCAAACUUCUUCACGCCGAGCAUACGAAUUGCGGUGGCUCACUUCAUACUGGAGCGCACGUACUUCAGCGAGGCGGUGGACGAGAAGAAAGACAUCGGCAUCCGGCGGCUGAUGGAGGAUCAGGUGUAUCUGGAUGCGUAUCCGCUGCACGACGGGUGUACGGAUUUGAAGUCGAGCUGCCAGCGUGCACUGCUGCUGGAAGAGUGGGCAUCGAUCAGCAAAUGGAUCAAGCAUCAGCCACUCGACCACAUCAAGGAGUACUUCGGCGUGAAGAUAGCGAUGUACUUUGCGUGGCUCGGGUUCUACACGCACAUGCUGAUACCCGCAUCGGUUGUCGGGUUGAUAUGCUUUUUCUACGGCUUGCUUACGUACCCGGCCAAUCGCAUCAGCCAGGAGAUCUGUAGCGACAAUUCGACCAUCAUGUGCCCGCAGUGCGACAAGUACUGCGACUACUGGUACCUGAAUACGACCUGCACCAUCUCCAAGCUGGCGCACAUCUUCGACAAUGAGAUGACGAUCGUGUUUUCUAUAUUUAUGUCCGUUUGGGCAACGCUUUACCUUGAGAUGUGGAAACGAUACUCGUCCAAGAUACAGCAUCGUUGGGGUAUUACUGAAUACUGCUCGCUGGCAGAGCCACCGCGACCUCAGUAUCUGUCCCGGUUGAAGAACAUUAAGAAGAUGAUGUUUAACAUUGCCACCGGUGCGCAGGAACCAUCGCCACCGUUUUGGACAAAGAAGUUCCCUAGCUUCCUUUACAGUUACUCUGUGAUUUUCCUAUUUAUUUUACUUACUAUAGCUGCUGUCUUCGGUAUCGUAGUUUACCGCAUGUCAUUGAUGACCUCGAAAAACAUAUACGGCGACGGUGGAUCGGUGUCGGGGAAGCUGAUCAUUUUCCCAGCGACAACGGCCGCCAUUAAUCUGCUCGCGUCAACCGCACUCACCUACGCCUAUCAGUACGUAGCGGAGUACAUGACGAACGUCGAGUAUCGGCGCACGCAAACCGAGUACAACGAAAGCCUCAACCUAAAGAUCUACCUGUUUGAGUUCGUGAAUUACUACAGCUCGAUCUUCUACAUCGCGUUCAUGAAGGGCAAGUUCCCGGGAUAUCCGGCAAAGUACAACCGGAUACUGGGACUCCGCCAGGAGGAGUGUAGCCCGGGCGGUUGCCUGAUGGAGCUCUGCAUCCAGCUCGCCAUCAUUAUGGUCGGCAAACAGGCGAUCGGUGCGAUUACGGAAAUACUGAUACCGUUUCUGGUGCAGAAGUUUAAAGAGUUCCGCAGCGUGCUCGGCAUCGAAGCGGGCAAUAAUGAGAAUGGCGAGCGGUUGAUCUGCUGCAACCAGUGGACGAAAGAUUUCAAUCUCAUCAACUGGCAUGAUCGCAGCCUGUUCAACGAGUACUUGAAAAUGGUUAUACAGUACGGUUUUAUCACGAUAUUUGUUGUCGCAUUUCCAUUGGCUCCCUUCUUUGCCCUGCUGAACAAUGUGUUCGAAACACGGCUGGAUGCGAAAAAGUUCCUGCUCUACUACAAACGCGCCGUACCGCAGCGGGUACGCGAUCUUGGCAUCUGGUACAACAUUAUGCACGUGGUUGGAAAGGUUGCCGUCAUAUCGAGUGCCUUUAUCAUAGCAUUUUCCUCCAACUUCAUCCCACGGCUAGUGUACAUGAACGUCGUCAAUAUCGAUACGGGUACGGAUGAGGGGUUCGUCAACCACACGCUCGCCUACUUCAACGUGUCGCAUUUUGAAGCGAACGCAGCACCGGAAAAUAGCUCCUUGGCGAAUACGACCAGUAUAAGCGUUUGCCGGUACUCGGAGUAUCGGAACCCACCGGAUGAUCAUCAUCCGUACAAGCGACCAGGCAUCUACUGGCAUAUUUUAGCGAUCCGGCUUACGUUCGUCGUCAUUUAUCAGAAUUUGGUGAGCUUCGUGCAGAUCGUCGUAGCGUGGGCGAUACCGGACGUACCGACCCGGCUGCAGGAUCAGAUCAAGCGUGAGCAGUACCUCACGAACGAGUACAUUAUCGAGCAGGAAAAGAUAAAGAUGGCACUGUCCGGCAAUGGUACGGGUGGUGGCAGCGGUACCGGUGCGUACACCCGGAACGGCUAUCUCGCAUCGGAGGACAGCAGCCCGGACGAUGAAAAGGUAAACUACGGCUCGAUCGCGGACGACAAUGAGUACCCGUUGCGAAUGCAGACCGAUGACUGCGAACCGUACGAAACGUACGGUAUAGUGACGUCGCGCGUGUAGGCGUGUAGGCUGCCAGUGCAGCAUCCGCACCGUAUCCGCCGGCAGUGAUCAGAUUACGCACACCCGCUGUUACGGUAGUUACCUAACACACAUACGGUUUUUUUUUGUUGUUUUGGUUUGUUUUUGCCUACCUUUUAAGCUCCGAUGACCUCCUAACGAAAAAAAAAAACACGCCUAACUCACCUCGGGCACGUAUAUUUACCUGCGUGCAUGCCUCUUUACAUCGUGUUACAUCUAUUUCUCGCGGGAAUCUAUCUCAUGCAAAAUGAACAAUUUUUAAGGAACAAAUUAAAUAUGUGUAAAUAAUUCAUAA